AUGAGAAACGUGCUAAUAAGAGGCCACCGCCACAGCUUGGGGCAUUUUGUGGCGGAUUCCAAGAGUCUUGGAGAACAUCAAUGGCUCGUCCCGAAGGGAAGAUCGCUAGGCCUUGGAAAUAAUCGACUUCCCGUUAUUGUUGACCAAGACCCUAGGAGAGCCACACAACAAGAGGAAGAAACGGAUCUCAUCCCUAUCCACAAGCCUGGGGGUAGCUACAUUCUAGGCAAGUACAAUGAUUAUGUUUUAGCCAGCUGGAGAUGUUCUUCUGCACCGGAAGCACUAACUAGAUAG